AUGAGAGAUAUCUUCAGACACCUACGACACUUUAGGCGCGCUUUAUGGUUAAAACCCAUGUCAGGAAGGCAAUCUAAUAUCAGCAAGUUCUUCACUUUGGGUCCAGAAGAAGCGCGUAAAAAACGAACAUUCACUCCUCCAACGGUUUCUGAAAAUGAAAACAAUUCUCAAACAAUAAAGAAGCAAGAGAAUGUUACAAAAAUUCAUAAAAACGAUGGAAUAACCCCUAACGGAGAGAAGCGGACAGCGAACGAGUCAGAGAUUCCGAAAGAGGAGGAUACAGAUGCGACAAACACUGUGGAAGUCAAACGUUAUAAGGUCAAUGGCCAUUCAUCAGCUUCAUCUUCUUCCUCCCCAUCUGCUGCCAUUUCUGAGGGAGACACCACUCCAUCUGAUAUUCCUCCUAUUGCUGAAACACCACUAGAGUCUACAAAAAAACAGGAAAAGAAAAAGUCUCACGCAACGUUUGCGGACAUGGUUUCCACUUUCACGAAAAUUGAGAAAACUUCAAAACGUUUGGAGAUCAUUGAUAUUAUGGGUACUUACUUUUUUUCAAUGCUGCGUAACCAUCCUGAGGAUUUACUUACUUCGGUCUAUUUGAGUAUUAAUAAGCUGGGUCCAGAUUAUUCAGGAAUUGAACUUGGCAUUGGUGAAAGUAUCAUCAUGAAAGCUGUUGCCGAGUCGACUGGCCAAACCCUUCAACAAAUUAAGCAAGCGUUUCAUAAAGUGGGAGAUUUGGGCCUUGUUGCACAGGCAUCCCGCCAAAACCAGCCAACAAUGUUUCAACCAGCUGCUCUGACUCUACCUUUUCUAUUUGAUUCUCUAAAGUCGAUUGCGCAAAUGUCUGGAAAUCAAUCACAAAAUCGAAAAAUCGGUUUGAUCAAGCGAUUGCUGAGCUCUUGUCAAGGUGCCGAGCCAAAAUACCUUAUCAGAGCCCUUGAAGGAAAGUUACGUCUCCAAUUAGCAGAGAAAACCAUUCUUGUUUCCCUGGCCAAUGCCUGUGCACAGUACCAUGCUGAUAAAAAACAAGUUCAACUAUCCCAAUCGGACCGCGUCCACGCUGAACAGACUCUUCGCGACGUUUAUUCUCAACUACCUUCAUACGACAUUAUUGUACCUCAACUGAUUGAACAUGGAGUCGAGAACCUACGAGAAACUUGUAAGCUCACCCCUGGGGUUCCUACAAAGCCCAUGCUUGCAAAACCUACCAAACAGUUUUCCGAAGUUUUGGAUACUUUCGACCAAGCCACUUUUACUUGCGAAUAUAAAUACGACGGAGAGCGUGCUCAAGUUCAUUAUACUGAUGACGGAAAAUUCUACGUAUUCUCUCGAAAUUCCGAAGACAUGUCUGUCCGUUAUCCCGAUAUCAUGGCGUCUGUGAGCAAAUGGAGAAAACCAGAAGCUAAAAACUUUAUCCUCGACUGCGAAGCUAUUGCUUGGGAUAAGGAAGAAAACAGAAUUUUACCCUUUCAAAAAUUGGCAACCCGUAAAAGAAAAGACGUAAAGUUGGAAGAAAUCAAAGUUCGAGCUGGUCUUUUUGCUUUUGAUAUUCUCUAUCUAAACGGUCAUUCUUUGCUAGAUGCUCCGUUUUCAGAGCGUCGAAAGCACUUAUAUUCAAUGUUUCAACCAGCUACAGGAGAGUUUGAUUUUGCCAAGCACAGUGAUCAACAAUCUGUUGAGUCAAUUCAGGAAUUUCUUGAAGAAUCUGUUAAAGAUUCUUGUGAAGGUCUUAUGGUCAAAAUGCUUGAAGGACCAGAAUCUCGUUAUGAACCGUCCAAACGAUCUCGGCAUUGGUUGAAGAUUAAGAAAGAUUACCUUUCAGGUGUUGGCGACUCACUUGAUUUGAUCGUUAUUGGUGCUUAUCAUGGAAGAGGUAAGAGAACUUCUGUAUAUGGUGCUUUUCUUUUGGGUUGCUAUGACCCUGAUUCAGAGACUGUCCAAACAGUUUGCAAAUUAGGUACUGGGUUUUCAGAAGAGCAAUUGGAACAUUUCCACCGCCAAUUGAGCCAAAUAGUCGUUCCAAAAAAGAAAGAUUUGUAUUCUCAUAGUGAGGCUCCUCCUCAUCAGCCUGACGUUUGGUUUGAGCCAAAGUAUUUGUGGGAGGUUCUGACUGCCGAUUUAUCACUUUCCCCUGUCUAUAAAGCUGCCAUUGGUUAUGUUCAAGAGGAUAAAGGAAUUAGUCUUCGGUUCCCUCGAUUUGUUCGAGUGCGCGAAGACAAAAAUUGGGAGGACGCUACAACUAGCGAACAGGUUUCUGAGUUUUACCGCUCUCAGAUAGUACAUAGUCAGACUUCAGCACGUGCAUCAUCGCCUAAUGUGGAAGACUAUUAA